UGGGAUCACUAUUUGAAUAAGUUGUUGCAUAAAAUGAUAGAAUUAAAGCAAAAAAUGGAAAGUAGUGACACAGGUUGGGCCGGCAGCAUCUUUAACGAGUUUAAUUCUUCUAAAGAAGCCGUGAAAGAUUAUAUUAAUGAAUGGGAGAAGGAAAAUGGCGUCAAGUUCGUAACCUAUACCAAGGAUAAAAAUUAUGGAAACACAGAUUGGAAACCGAGUGCAAAAGAGCGAAUAUACUGGGAACACCCCUUACCAAAUGGUUCAGUCAGUAUUCCAUUCGAUGGUUUUCCAUUCAUGUUUGUGGGGAGGAAAGUUUUACUUUGUCAGUUUGGUAAAGACAUGGAGAAAGAUAGAAGAGACAAGAGAUAUAAUGAGCUAGAACGAUUAAGGUCGGUGAAUCCAGAAAAUUAUCCGAAGAAACGACGAAGAAAACAAUCAAUUAAAAUCGGGUGUCCUGCUACUGUUAAUCUUGUUCAAAUUGCAAAGUUUCAAAGUUAUAAAUAUCAUGUUGCAAAGAAUUCUAAAAGACAAAGAAGAACGGCCGCCGAUAAAUUACGUCAAGAUUUAUUAAAUGGAGCAGAAGUUGACGUUAAGAUGAUGUUUAUCAAGAAAGCAUCAGCACUGUCUGAACAUGAGGGGCAUCUUGUGUGUGUCGAGAACACUCUCGCAUCCGCACGAAUCCAAGGCGACAGAAAUAUCCUUGCUUUUGAUUGUUUACAAGAAACAGAUGAGAUGGAAGAUCUGAUCAAGGAAAUCUAUGAUGAAAAGUAUCUUACUGAGUUACUUAUUGAACUGCGGAGGUUUAAAACCUGCAUCAAAUCCUUUGUACACAACGCCCCUAUCCUUCAACAUGACCAAUCAGAUAGAAAACGUAAACUUCCCAUGGAAUUAUUGGACAAAAUAAUGAAGUAUCCGCGAUUUUCACCUCCGGAUAGAGACCUGAUUAACAACCCUGGUGUAUUUGGCCAAGAUUUUGUUGUUCCUGACCCUCCUGAGGAUGUUAAACCAACCACUACUGUAUUUGUCACCAUGGACCCUUCUAAUGGUGAUAGUAGGACAAGUGGACAAUUACCAACUAAAGAUGUUUCAUCUGAUGAGGAAGACUCAAUUCCUGAUGAUAAUGCACCUCUAGACCAGUCUGCAUUAGACUAUGCACAAUUUGACCAAAGCCCAUUCCCAGAUGCUCCUUUUGGUAGCCAGUCGCCUUUAAAAGACAAUUCCGAUGGUAAUUCUGACCUAGAACCCGAGGCCUUAUCUCAUAUUAACAGUGUUGACCAAAUAAGUGAUGUGUGUGGGGUGGGAGCUGUUAUUGUUGAUGUUGACAAUGUAGUUUAGGCAACACUGGCCAAACAGUUGUUGAAGCUAUUUUCAGCAAGUUUGCAAAAGCACACCCUAUAAAUUGUUCUAACAGUUAACAUUGCCACAGGGUAUGACAUUUAUCUCUGGGAAAAAGGGGUAUUGUUCCUAAGAUUUACAAAGUUGCCAGCAAUGUGUUUCUCCUAAGACUAAUAAAUGAACAUUCAUUAGAUCAUGAAUUUUGUUUUUCCGAAAUUUAAUAAAUUGUUUUCUAGUUCUCUACGGAAUAAAUUAUCGUUUCUGUU